UCACUUCAGUCUUUAGUCUGUAGCUGAAUAAGAGGUGUAUAUUUCGGUUAUUUUAACGCAAACCGUAUGUUAGCAGUCGUUGUGUUUUCGUUUUGUGGUCGCUGGAUUCUGCUUAACAUAACAAUUUAACUUUCCUUGGUUCCAAAAUGUAGCCUCUUAUGGAAGAGGCGGCUUUAUAUUUAGUUAUGCCCGGUGUUUUCACUAAUGUUUCAAACUGUUGCUGGUGCCCAGUUCCAGUUAAUAGAAUCUGUGCAAACAUCGUCUUGUUCCACCGACGUCUUGGAAGACUUGAGACUUGGAGUAAAUAAUAUUCAGUUUAUUAACUAUCUUCAGUUACACUGGAAGGCUGUGCGGACGGGAGCCUCCAAAAUGGGAAAUACAUUGCGUCUUGUUUUUGUUUUUAUAUUCGCGUCGUUGAUUGUAAAAAGCGAAUCAGCCAAAAUUCUGGGUUUGUUCGCAACAUUUGGCAGAUCGCAUCUCAUAAUAGAUGAAGCGGUCAUGCAGCCGCUAAUUGAUAGAGGACAUGAUGUUACGAUCGUUACUACGUUACCUCUACACAGCCCAAUUAAGGGCUGUCGUCAUAUACAGUUAAACGUUCCGCCUCCACCGAAAAAUUUAAGAUCAGGUGCAAACAUGGAGUCCGGAAAAUUCACGAACAUGUGGCAAAACUAUAAGAAGUUCAUGGAGUUUUCUCUCCAAUAUGGCAAUAGAACUCUUAAUGAUCCAGCAAUGAGACAGCUAAUGAGCGAGGAGGUUUUCGACCUGGUCAUCCUCGAUGUUUACUUCAACACUUUUCAAAUUGGUCUGGCUGCCCAUUUCAAGUGUCCAUUUGUUUUCAUCAUAAUGCAACGGCCCAUCAAACUUUUCGGCGAUCUCGUUGGGAAUCCCUUGGAGCUGACUUACGUACCUAACGUGAUCAUGGGAAACAUACAACCGAUGAGUUUCCUAAAUAGAGUUAAGAACGUUUUAGCAACAUUUGUCGGAGAAUAUGCUUCAGCUUGGUAUCUAAACUACAGAAUGGAAGAGUUUUAUAACUACAACUUCCCAUCGGGACGAUUCCCCAGUUAUAAAGAAAUGAUCAGGAAUAUUUCACUUAUUUUGACCUGCAGCCAUUUCUCAGAAGGAACCGUGAGACCAAAUGUUCCAGCUGUGAUUGAGAUUGCAGGAAUUCAAGCGAAGUCGAAACCAUACCCACUUCCAAAAGACAUUAAGGAGUUUUUGGAUAGCGCUAAAGAUGGAGCAGUGUAUUUCAGUCUUGGUUCGAAUAUUCGCAGUGUUGAUAUGAAUUUAGAAAAAAUCAAAAUUCUCUACAAAGUUCUUUCUGAAUUGAAACAACGUGUUAUAUGGAAAUGGGAAGAAGGCGCACCUCCUGGCCGUGCAUCCAACAUUUUAUUCAAACAGUGGUUUCCUCAAGAUGAUAUUCUAGCACACCCCAACGUCAAACUGUUCAUCACACAUGGCGGACAUGGCAGCGUAGUUGAAUCGAAGUAUCACGGAGUGCCGAUGGUUGGUAUUCCACUUUUCUCUGAUCAGUUUUCGAACGUGAACGAUGUAGUGAAGGCUGGAUACGGUCUAAGCUUGAGAAUAGAAGAAAUUACUGUCGAGAAGUUUAGGUCUACUGUCGAGGAAGUCCUCUACAAUCCCACAUAUAGGAUCAAACUUCAGGAGUUUUCCCGAAUUUACAGAGAUAGGCCUAUGAGCCCCAAAGACACAGCCGCUUAUUGGAUAGAAUACGUUAUUAGACAUAGAGGUGCCAAGCAUAUGCAGAGCCCAGCUGUACACAUGAAUUUCAUUCAAUUGUAUGGGCUUGAUGUGUUUGCCUUUUUAUUUGUAAUACUUUAUGUAGUAUUUAAGGUUUUAUUCUUUGUGUUUAGGAAGGUCGUUCAUUUACUUUUCGGCAGAAAAUAUAAAAAUCAAAAGCAGGAUAGUAACAAGCAGAAGAAAAAUCAGUAAACGUCGACUUUGAAAUUUUGAGACUUUUGAGAUUUUUGAGACUAUUUUAAAUAAAUUUGUAUUUU